GUGGAGUACGUUUCAUCUGUGUGUAGUUUUGUUGAUGUGAUUGUGAAAUGUGAAUUGUGAAAAAACACGCGUUGGACCAGCCAGCUGUUUUUGUUCUCGAGCGUUUGAAAAUUGGUAAAAUUCAUUAUGGAUCAAAAUUGAAGAGUGUCAAUUAUCCUCACGCGGUGUCAUUUCAUGAACUGAAAGUGAUUUUAUUAAGUUUUACGAAAUUUAGACGGUGUUGAUAAAAUAAUCGAUUUGAGGUUUUGUCAAACAAUAACUACCUACGUUUUUAGUUAUUUAUUACGUCGCAUUUUAACCUUCUUGUGAUGUGCGUUAACUGAGCCACGGACUUGUGUGAUAUGCUUUGUGUUAAUUGCUGAAGAAUUUAAUUCCAUCGCGUCGGACAUUGCUGGUUGAACGGCGUAUGUGGAUAGCAGCUGUGACGCAGUAGUGUGCGGUGAGAGUGCGUGCUCGUGUAACCGUGAUCAGUGGUGGUUGGUUGUGAUGUGUUUGUGAUACGGCCGAGGACUGUGCAUGCGGAGGCAGCGCUGAAGCUCGCCCGGGCAUGGUGCCGGGCAGGUAGCGGGCGCGGGCGGCCUGCGCAUAGGCCCCCACACAAGCAGCCGCGUGUGUUCCCCAGCGUCGUCUAUGGCCGAGCAACACAUUACACCGUCGUCGCACUCUGCACUCACGAGAGAGUCCAGCGGGUCUUCUCCUAGCAGGGUGGUGGGCGGUCGGUGGUUACGUCAAGUGCGUAAAGUGAGCCGCGGCCGCAGGAGCAGACGCAACGUGACGUCACCCUUACCGCGCACCAACCGACACUCUGCGAGGGGCACUCCCGACGCUGAUCUGCGUACACACGAAGUAGAGCUACGAAGAAGCUCACGCCUCGUAAACACAUUACCACGCUCCGACUACUCCAUAUCCGAACGUUGGUCAUACGGUACGGACGUUUACGAAACACGCUACGACACUACAGACGGAGAUAACUCUCAAAACCCUACGACUCAUCGCAAACGCAGCCGGACUUCUUCGCAUGAUAAGAAAAAACACAAGAGCCAUACCACUUCGAACAGUAACCUCACAGACGAGUGCGUGGCCUAUUGCACACGUUCACGGACUGCUCUUAAAUCUAGUGAGAGUGUUAGUGAGCAAAAACUGACAGCACCGAAACCGGACACACUCCCACGGCCCUCGUCUAAUCAUAACGCAACAGAAUCAACGAAUCAACAACAACAGCAGCUCCUUAACCAAACAGAAGGUGGUUUGCUCCCGUUGGACGAGCGGGAUUUUGCAUACUCUCCAUUCAGCUCCUCAACUAUAACUGAGUUACUCGAUUCCGAUUAUUCUGUGUACAGUCCCACAGCUAGCCGGAGGAAAGGAAAGAAGAGGAAACGAUCAACGCAGCGAUCAUUGUCACACAGAAAGAGUAACUGUCUGAUCGAUCUAGACGAUUACAGAAAGAAAUUUAAAAUAGACCCACUCAAGGUAUCUGCGGAAACCAGCAGUAAAGACAGCAUAUCCGAAAGCCGUAUCCCCGAAUACGAGACUGAAACAGCGCCAUCCACGCAAGCUUUUUGCUCGUAUCGACUACGUAAUAGACACAAUCGAGACCUCGGGCCGCCUACCUCAACAGUUAUCAGCGAUAAUACAGCGCGACCGUCGACAAGCGACGUGGUCCCAACACUAACAGCAACUGAGCGUAAGAGCGCUACAGAUUAUCGAGGAAGGACCACAACUCCACCACCAUACAAAGAUUUAAGAGAAGCCAGUUCAUCAAAGUCACACAGUGCUGACAGCAAGCUACUGAUUGUUCCGCGUGAUCUGCCAUAUUUACGUCAAACUAACGCUCGAAGGAGUAUCGCAGCUGCGACGGGUGCGACUCUGGGUGCUUGCUUGACGAGGGGGGCGAGUACUUCACAGCGUCAGAGACAGGAUACUGCCUCUAAAAGACAGUCGGGCGGAGGCGAAGAGGCAAGUAGCAGCGCGGGCGGCGGGCGGCGAGCGCGAGCGCGCGACAUGCCGCAGCCGCACACGCCAUCUACCAGACGCGAAAAACGAGCAGGUAAAAGCAGUCUGGGUUCGUGUGCCAGCACCGGUGGUCCGUCCAGCCGGUCUCAUCCUCAGCCUCUAACCACGGGUGCCAUUGCAUCCACGUCGACUACGCCGCCGGUGACAGCUUCAGCUGCUUCUAUGCCUGACAACGCCAAUAACGAUGCUAAGCCUAAGGGCAAAGCGUUACCAACGGCGGAGGAGUGCGCGGGCGGGGUGGGGGGUACGGGCGUAGCGGCCGGCAGCAGCGGUGCUGCGGGGGCCGUCGCGGUUGCUGAGGAGUCCUCCUCGGAGGAGGGCGAAGUCGGCCGCCUGCAAGCGUUGCUCGAAGCACGCGGUCUACCCCCGCACUUGCUCGGCGCACUGGGACCGAGGAUGCAGCACCUCUUGCACAGGACCGUCGCCGCUAACUCUUCGGCAUCGAAAGCGGCACAACUGUUGGUCGGCUUGCAAGCCACCGGUGACGAAGGGCAACAGCUGCAAGCUGUGAUAGAGAUGUGUCAGCUGCUAGUGAUGGGCAACGAGGACACGCUAGCCGGGUUCCCCGUGCGGCAAGUGGUGCCGGCGCUCAUAAACUUGCUGGCCGCCGAACACAACUUUGAUAUGAUGAACCACGCGUGCCGCGCGCUCACAUACAUGCUCGAAGCUCUGCCUCGCAGCAGUGGAGCCGUGGCACUGGCCGUGCCCGCCUUCCUCCACAAGUUGCAGGCGAUCACUUGUAUGGACGUCGCCGAGCAGAGCCUUACCGCUCUCGACAUGCUGUCGCGUCGACAUUCAAAGGCUAUAUUGCAAGCGGGAGGUGUAUCAGCUUGUCUCACGUACCUGGACUUCUUCUCGAUCAACGCGCAACGCGCUGCGCUCUCGAUAACGGCCAACUGCUGUCAGAAUCUCACUCUCGACGAGUUUCGCCUUGUCAGAGAGUCCCUACAAUUACUUGCCAACAGGCUUACAAUACAGGAUAAGAAAUCUGUGGAGUGUGUAUGCUUAGCAUUCUCCCGUCUGGUGGACAGCUUCCAGAACGAUCCAGCUAGGCUUCAAGAGAUUGCCACUCCGGAACUACUGACUAACUUGCAGCAACUUUUGGUGGUGCAGCCACCUCUGAUCUCUGGCGGCACGUUCAUCACCGUGCUGCGGCUGCUGUGGGUGAUGUGCGCCGCGUGCCCACAGCUGGCGCUGGCGUUGCACCAGCGCUCCAUUGCCGACACGCUGCUCUGUCUGCUGACGGGAUCCAGUCUGCAUCAGGAGCUAGUGGAAUUGAUACCGCGUCUACCGCAAGAGCUGUAUGAGAUCACGUGUUUGAUCGGAGAGCUGAUGCCGCGUUUGCCCACUGAUGGGAUCUUCGCCGUUGAUGCGCAUCUCGACAGACCUUGGUCGGCGCCCCCUGACCGCUCCGCUCAGUGGCAGUGGAGAGACGAAAGAGGUGUUUGGCGUUCAUACUCUUGGGCAGAAUGUCGAGCGUUGGAGGCGGGCGCGGCGGCGGCUGAGGAGGAGGUUUGCCUGAACACGCUGGGCCGCUCCUACACGGUCGACUUGACCGCGAUGCAACAACUCAACGAACACACGGGCACAGCGCGCCCCGUGCAGCGUGUCGCACCGUCGGCACCUGUCGCUGACCCCAACGCGGCCAAUGCAGUUGCACCUGAUCCACGUAUUGCAAUGGUGCGAUGCAACCCGUCGCUAGUGCGUGCACUACUGGGCGUCCUGCACGAAGUGUACUGGAGUUCAGCCGGGCCGGCGCUACGUGCGCAAGCUCUCAAGGCCAUUCUGCGAGCAGUGCACUAUGCAGAUGCGCAACUCCUACGACAAGUUCUCAAGACACAGGUCAUAUCGUCACACAUUGCGGGUAUGAUGGCAUCCAGCGACCUUCGCAUCGUGGUGGGUUCGCUGCAGCUCGCUGAGAUUUUGAUGCAGCGGUUGCCAGAGGAGAUGGGGGUACAGUUCCGCCGCGAGGGUGUGCUGCACCAGGUGGUUCAACUCGCUGAGCGAGUGCCCAGCCCUAACGCGCCACAACCUUCACGACACCCCAAGAUCAAGUCUUCCAGUGGUACAAACGUGCGCGCAAGCGGCGGCUCGUCACCUCCCGCGUCUACUUCGGGCUCUUCCCUGGACCAUCAUAACUUGUCGCUGGCGUUCUCCGCUUCAGGUUCAUUUAUUGCCAGUGCAUUAAUGCCAGGUACUGAAACCGCUGGUGAAGCAUCACCUGCAACUUCGGCAUCUACGCACCAACAGUCUACCACGGCACAUAGAUCUAACAGCCCCCUGACCGAAAUGCUGAAACGUAAGCGUGCGGUAAAACGGUCCGGCGGCACGGCGUCCGCAAGCGCGCGCACGCAACGCGGCCGCAGAGAAGACGCGCCCGCACCACAUGCACACGCCACUGCGCUCGCAGCGACGCCCGCAGCUGCAGCCGUUGCUGCACAUUCGUCAGGAGUAGCGGGGGCUGUAGGCACAGCGGCGCGCUCCGCCAGUCGCAUGGGGGCGUCGAAGACAUCGUCGUUCCUUUCGUCGCUUAACCCGUCUCGCUGGGGCCGCUCGCCGCACGUGCACAAAGACGCUGCGCUUCUCGCCUCGCCGCACACCUCCACCAACCUCACUAUCCAGAACAAGGAGAAGGUCCGAGAGUGGAUAGUUUGGCGCGCGGGGCGUCUACAGCGCGAGUGGGGUGCUCUUGCCGGCGGAGCGGGCGCACUUGAACAGCUGGCUGCAUUGGCGGCUGCAUUGCCACAUCGCGCACCUGCUGCGCUGACACAUCUUCGCGACACAAUGCUCGACCACGACGUCUCGCCCUUCGAGGUGAACCACUCUGGCGUGUUGGGUGCAUUGCUGCAGUUCCUAACGGGCGCGGCGCCGGAAGAUUUUGAUGGCGACCGAGACGCCGAGGGCGAGGUCGAAGAACUCGACCCGGUCGAACUAGCCGCGUCAGAAGAACGUCUGCGACUCUUCCUGCACGUUUUUGCCGACCUUCCACAAGUGUCAGAUGAUCCUGAGUGGCGAGAGAAGGCGAGUAUCGUGGGCGUUGCGGCGGCCAGCAACACGGGCGCGGGUGCGCUGACUGCGCUGGUGAGCAAAGUGAACGCGUGCGUUUCGCACCUCGAACAGUUCCCCGUGCGGGUGCACGACCUGCCCGCACGCCCCGCCACUUCCGCGCUCAAGUUCUUCAACACCCAUCAGCUUAUGUGUGAUCUCAAACGUCAUCCGACGUGCACCAACUUAAAACAAUGGAAAGGAGGUGUUGUCCGGAUAGACCCCCUAGCUUUAGUGCAAGCCAUUGAAAGAUAUCUCGCUCAGCGCGGCUAUGCAAGUGCGAGGACACGCGAAACGUGCGCUACGCAGUCGGACGAGGAACCCGCCUCCGACGAGGAGGUUGACGAAUCUCUGGCCACGCCGCCGCACCAACCAGUCGAUUCUGACCACAAAUUAGAGUUCCUGAUGGGCGAAACUCUGCUGCCGUACAACAUGACAGUUUACCAAGCCGUGCGACAGUUCGGCGAGACAACAGACACUGACACUGAUACGGAGCAACCUAUAGCGAACGCUAGUAUCUGGGUACAAACUCACACCAUCUACUACCGUGCUGUGGAGGUGGCCGAACCGAUUCGAAAUGACGCGUCCGCCUCACGGAAGGGCAAAGGACAACCCACUAAAGUUUCCUCCAGACGCAAACCUGAUCUCUUGUGGAAUGAGGGCAUAGUACCGCCGCGCUCGUCGGCGCUGGUGGCCAUGCUGCGGUCGGCCCUGGGCGCGAGCGAGGUGCGCGACGCGUCGCUGCCAGCGCUUGGCCUACUACGCGCAUUGCACGCGUUGUCGCGGCACUGGCACACGCUGUACCACGCCGCCUGCCUGCCCGACCACCGCCAGCUGGUGCCCAACGCCGACUUCAUUAACGCCAAGCUUGCUGCAAAAGCUAAUCGGCAACUGCAAGACCCACUGGUUAUAAUGACGGGAAAUCUACCUCCUUGGUUGAAAAAAGUUGCAUAUUCUUGCCCGUUCGUGUUCCCGUUCGAGGUGCGCCACCUGCUGUUCUACGUGGUGUCGUUCGACCGCGACCGCGCGCUCCAGCGCUUGCUGGAGGCGGGCGGCGAGCGCGCGGCGGCGGGCGCGGACGCGGAGCGCGUGGCGCCGCGCCUCGACCGCCGCAAGCGCACAGUGCAGCGCCACAGCGUACUGCGCCAGGCCGAGCACGUCAUGCACGAGUUCGCGCACACCAAGGCACUUCUUGAAGUUCAAUACGAGAACGAGGUUGGCACCGGUCUCGGCCCAACUUUGGAGUUUUACGCUCUGGUAUCCCAGGAGUUACAGCGUGCCGAUUUGGAUCUCUGGCACGGCAGCGAAAACUUUAAACAGAAACCGACUUCGUUCGGAGGCGAAAUAGUCAAGAGCCAGCCGCCGGUGGUUACUGACCGUUCGUCCGAUGCCGCGGCAAGGCUAGCUUCCUCCGUCCGCGACGCCCUUAACCUCGACGAGGACCGAUCUCCGGAGCCCUCAGAGCUGGAGAAAGAGACGCUCAUACCGUCGCCCGCGCCCGAUGCCACCUACGUCUCGUGGCCCUGCGGCCUAUUCCCGCAGGCCAUCGGCCGCAAUGCGAGAUCGUCACAUGUCUCCAGAGUUAAAGCGAAAUUUCGAUUUCUCGGUAAAUUUAUGGCUAAAGCUGUAAUGGAUUCUAGAAUGGUGGAUAUUCCGCUGUCGGUGACGAUGUACCGCUGGGUGGUCAGCGAGCAGGGCUGGCUGGGGCUCAGCGAUGUGAGGCACGUAGCGCCCGAGCUCUGGCGCUCUCUUUGCCGGCUGCGGCGUGUGGCUGACCGCGCACGCGCCCUCGCUGCCGACACGAGGCACACGCCCGACCAGCGUAGCCAAAUGAUAAACGGUCUCGAGCUCGACGGCUGCCCUAUCGAGGAGUUGGGGCUAGAUUUCAUCCUGCCAGGUGAUGGCUGCACAGAGCUGCGUCGAGGCGGCCGUGACUUGCCGGUCACGGCGCACAACUUACACGACUACAUAUCGCUCGUCACGCACUGGCUGCUGUACGAGGGUGUAACGAAGCAGAUGGAUGCAUUCAAGGAAGGCUUCGAAUCAGUAUUCCCUUUGGAGAAUUUGAAAAUAUUUUACCCGGAAGAGUUGGAGCAAGUAUUUUGUGGGACCCCAUCAGGUGGUCGCGAUCAGCGAUGGGAUCCGAGGAUGCUCGCAGAGUGUAUUCGUCCCGACCACGGCUACAACGCAGAGUCGCGGGCGAUACGUAUGCUUAUCGAUAUUCUAUCCUCGUACAAUCGCGAGGAACAACGACUCUUCUUGCAAUUCGUGACUGGAAGCCCACGUUUACCCACCGGAGGCUUCAAGGCCCUGAAUCCACCAUUGACGGUGGUACGCAAGUCGCUGGAGUCGUCGCUGGACCCCGACGAGUACCUACCCUCAGUGAUGACGUGCGUCAACUACCUGAAGCUGCCUGACUACAGCGGCGCGGAGGUGAUGCGUGCAAAGCUUCGUCUGGCUGCCUCCGAGGGGCAGCAUUCCUUCCACCUGUCGUGAAGUGUUAACGCUUCCCCCCCCUUUAGGCUUAGUACACGAUUUCCUUGCUCGCAAUUGAGGAGUCGUUUUCUCAUAUCAUACUCUAUACUGUCAAAGUAAAAUGGGCCUAAUGACUGCAAAACCUGUACUUCUGAUUUUAAUUUUACAAACGCUCUGCCAAAAGCCCUAGCCGAGUGAUUUUAGACAAAUUUCAGGUUUAGCACAAUCUGAAUAACAUCCAUUUUACUCUCAUGUUCAAGUAUUUCGAUACUCGAAAACGACUCCUCGAUUACGAACGAGUAAAACUUGUGCUGAGGGUACCCGCUCCCUUCCGCACGACCCCGCGUUCUCUUGUGUACAUGUGCAGAUGCGGUUAGUGACAUCAUAUUUUUUUGUAAUAGCGGCGAAAGCCCCGGAAGACUGUUUAUGUGCAAUCAGAGUGUUUUUAUUUCCUUAUGUGACGGACACUUAAAAAGUGCUGUGUUUUAUGAAUUUGUUUUCUUUUAGAUUGAUUUUAGAUUACAGAGAUAUGUUAAUAAUUAUAUUUUGUGUUAAUUUAAUGUGAUAGCUUUGUAUAUUUCUUUAUCUAGAAGAAUAACUCAACAUAAUAGUUAAGUGUGAUGCUAAUAGAGUCCUUAUAGUGCGUAAGCAAAAUAUAUAUACUGUCUUGCCCGUUUCGAGGACUCCCGAUGCAGGCGCCACCUAUUAUAUAUCUACCGUAUAUUUUACCAUAUAAGCUACGUUACGAUUGACCAUUGUCACCUUGUGAGCCAAUAUGCGCUAAUAUAGCAUUUAAUACCAAAUGGUGUAUGUUUUGAUUAAACUUUAAGAAUCAUAAAUGAAUAAAUAAAAGUGCAAAAUUUACUAUGUAACAAUUUCAAUAAAACCAUAUAAACAACAAUGAACAAA